GGGAGGGGAGGACGCACAUUUAUAAUUCUAACAGCUUUUUUGUUGGCAGAGUAUUUAAAUGUCUUAAAAUAUAGUUCAAUUUAUUUUGCAAGGGAAUAAGAAGAAUAACCAAGCAAGAACCGUGAUCAGACUAAUGGAAGGCGUGUCUUGUCACGGCAGACGAAUCAGGGGUCGGUUUACUUGCUCGAUAGCUUUGUCAAGUUAGCUAACAGCAGCUCGCGGUUGUGGACAACAUGUCCAUUCAACACUUAGGGAAACAGGCAACGUGCCAUGAAAUCCCAUCAAAUUCACAACGCAGAUAGAUAGCCGUUAUAGCUACGCUAUAAACUAGAGGUGGUCAGGAUGGGGGAGCGGCCUGUUGUUACCCCCUCAGCUGGGAUCACUCCAGUGCAGCAGAUGCUGGCCUCUGGCACUGGGGCGCUGCUCACAUCAGUGUUCGUCACACCACUGGACGUGGUGAAGAUAAGGCUGCAGGCCCAGCAAACACCAUUCUAUCAAGCUUUAGCUGCUGACUCUGCUUCAUGGAGUGGUGUAAUCCGCCCCUCCAAAUGGAAGUGCUUCCUGUAUUGUAAUGGCCUGAUGGAUCACAUCUAUGUGUGUCAGUAUGGGGCCAGCUGCACCAGCUGGAACAAAACACCAACCCACUUCAGUGGCACCCUGGAUGCUUUUGUGAAGAUUACGCGCAACGAGGGGGUCAGGUCUCUGUGGAGCGGGCUGCCUCCCACACUGGUGAUGGCGGUGCCUGCCACGGUCAUCUACUUCACCUGCUAUGACCAGCUCAGAGACUUACUGCGCUACGGCAUGGGGUUCCAAGGCAACUACAUCCCCCUGGUGGCUGGGGGUCUCGCUAGACUGGGAGCAGUGAGUGUGAUCAGCCCAUUAGAGCUGGUGCGUACCAAGAUGCAGUCCCGGAAGCUGACCUACAGCGAGCUGAGGGUGUGUAUCCACUCUAGUGUUGCCCAGGAUGGCUGGCUGUCCCUGUGGAGGGGCUGGGGACCCACCGUCCUACGAGACGUCCCCUUCUCAGCCCUGUACUGGUUCAACUAUGAGCUGGUGAAGGCCCAGCUGUGUGAUCAGUACAAUGUGUCUCAGGCCACCUUCUCCAUCAGCUUCACAGCAGGGGCCAUCUCUGGAGCUGUUGCUGCCAUCAUGACUCUACCUUUUGACGUGGUGAAGACACGAAGACAGAUCCAACUGGGAGAGAUGGAGACACUGGGAGUCCCUGUGAAGAAUCCCACAUCCACAUGGCAUAUCAUGAGGGGAAUUUGGGCUGAAUCGGGAUACAGGGGGCUCUUUGCAGGUUUCCUACCCAGGGUGAUCAAAGUUGCUCCCGCCUGUGCUGUCAUGAUCAGCACCUAUGAGUUUGGGAAGAUCUUCUUCCAGAAGAUAAACCUUGACCGGGAGCAACAGGCCUGCUGAGGGGCUGUUUGUGUGGAGAAGCAGGGUUGGCUACCUUCUUCUGGGGCAGAAUGGGAAGAGACUGUUAGCAGCAGCCAAUGCACAGGAUUUUUUGUCUGUUUUCUAGCCCUUUCUAUUGGCCCACAGGGAGGCUACUCCUACAACUGUGAAUACUGUCAUAAGUGUAUCCAUGAAUGUGUCCAUUAGUUAAAUUCAGAACUGUGGGGUAACGGCCCUGUGACCUAAGACUUAUUCAGAAUUUAGCAUGCUUUCCUUGCACGCUAAAAGUGUUCAUCUUUGCUAGUACAGCCCCCUGCUGUUCAUACCUGUGAGAACACUUCUAACAACAACCCUAAAAAAACUGCAUGCAAAGUAAUCCCUUCAAUCAAGACCUUCCCUUCAACUACGAGCCCAGACCAAAUGCAUGGCUGAGCUGAGAUGAGUGGAUAUUCUUAAUGUAGCAUUCUCUCAUAUUGAUUUGUCAUCUGACCAAUGGUAGCUUACUAUUCAAUGUCCAUUUUUUGUGAUGGGAAUAAAUACCAGGUGGGUUACCAUGGCUCAUUCCCCUAGGAUGAGAACUGGGUUUUAGGAGUUAAUUUGGUACAUGUGUGGCUCAGUCGGCUCAGU